GUCAUACACGUGCCAUACAAAAUCACCAAGGUAUCUUGUUUUGUUUAUCCAAAAUAACAACAACGACUAUACCUAUUCAUUCUGAAAUCCGAUAAUAAACAGUUUGAGUGUUCAGUAAUAAUAAACAAAAGAGGAAAAAACAUAAAAAAUAAAGGCGAAUUAAAGAACUAUUAACAAAAUGGGUAAAAAAGGAAAAUCAAAAAAUAAACUUGCAAAAAUGUCCGAAGAAGAACGGGCUAGAUAUUUGCAACUUCGUGCAGAUAUCGAAGAAGAAGCUCGCCGAAGAAAGCAACAUUUAAUAUCACUUUACAUGAAGAAUAAACUAAAACGUGAAGAUGCCUUCUCUCGAUUAAAUUUGGCAAAAAUAAAUCAAGAAUGGCGUUCAAUUCUGCGGCAAAUUAAAUGUCAAGAUUUGAAAAACGAAAUGAUUGAAGUGGAAAAAUUCUUUAGAAUAGCUUUGGAGAGGAAGGAUAGAAUUAUUCAUCAGCUUUUGAAUGAAUUGGAUAUUGCUGAGGAUAUGAAUGCAACAUUGCAACAGUCUCAAAUGGAAAUUAUUGGCAAAAUGAUUUCAACUCAAACCUACCGCAUGGAAUUUUUCAAAACACAAUAUUUAAAAAAUAAAUCAAUCAUUUUACAAAAGUGUGAAAUGGAUUUUAAAACAUUUCGAGGAAAUCGCAAAAAAGCUCAAGAAGAAUUAGAAUGUGUUGCAUAUGGAUUGGAAGAUAAAGCUGAUGCAAGUUUGAAAGAAAAACAUGAAGAUCAUCUUCAACGUUUGGAUGAAAUGAGAAGUUCAAUGACUCUUCAACUCGAAGAAAUCACCAGAGAACGUGAACAAAAACUCGAAUACCUUUGGAAUAAGUAUCAAGAAGUCUUGACAAACUAUGUCAAAUAUACUGAAAGCUUUUACGUUGAGUACAUGGAUUUGAAAGAAAGUGACGAACAGAGCAAUAAUAUAAUUCGUGAACAGUGUUAUGAAAUUGAACGAGCUACUGAACAAAUAGCAAGUUUGAAAAUUGCUGCUGUUAAUGCGACGGAAGAAGCUGAAUCACAAGUUGAAUAUCUUCAAAAACUCAAAAAUGAACUGACUGAACGUUUAGGUCAGAUGAAAAAAGAAUUUGAUGAACGUUUGAAGCUUGAUGCGAAAGAAUUUAAAAAAAUGGGAGUUGAAAGUCAUAAUACUUUGAAGACCUUGAAGGAGUAUGUUAAGAAAGGUGAAUCGAUAUUACAGCUUGCUGCUGUUUGUCGUCGUUUGGAGACUGAAAGAGAAAAAGUUCUUCCAUUUGGUUUGCCAAAAGAAAGUGCCUUUGAGGACUCGAUUGAUGAUUCACCACCAAAAGAACUCAAAGGGUCAACUCUUUUGGUUUGGAAUAAUAUGGGUAACUUUUGGCGUCGUGUCAACGGCGCUCGAUUAGAUGUUACCCAAUUGAAACGAGAAAAGACACGACUUGAGGCUGAAAAUGUUUUACUCAAAUCACAACUUCGUGACUAUUUGAUUGAUUUGAAUAUACAAACUGGAAGUAAUGCACAUGUUAAUGAAUAUGUUAGUAAACGUCCGAGUAGUAUGAUGGUGGAAAGAGUUGCCAGCUUUGAAUUAGGAAAGACUAAAAGUGCUGGGAAUAGAAAUUUAAGAAGACCUUUUACAUGCAUUGAGGCUAAUUUUUCAAAUGCAGUGCGGUCGAAGGCAUUGGUGGCUGGGAAGCCAGCAACAGCUAAAAUUGGAGCUAUAAUAAGACGGAAUUUUUAAUUUU